AAGUAACGAGGACAACUUAGCCCGAAACUGCUUCCUGCUAUCAAGUAAACUCCAGAAUUUCUAACGUAAUCGGAUCUGAGACUAGUGAGUCUUCUUUAUGUCAUGUUUUCAUCAUAAAUAUUCGUUAAAGAGACUUUGGUAAUCUGAAAUUAUCCAUAAUUCAGAUGUUUAACUACUAAUGCUAAGACGCUAGGUAGCUAGCUGUUAUUAUAGCUCCCCGAUCCUGGUUGUUUCCAGUAUUUUAUUUAAUAUAUUGUGUGGACGCGCGUGUGGGUACGCUGUUAGCUGUUCUUUAGAAACUAUAAUGCCGCCUAUGAUGCUGUAAUUAUAGAUAAAUAGGAGACUUUCUGUCUGAGGUGUCUGCAGCUACAGUCAUCCCUAUGGCUGCUUUGGGCUUUACUCCUGCCAGAGAGCAGGAUGUUUUCAGCGUUGAAGCGGAACAAUCCAACUCGAAAACGAACAGUGGACUCAGCGGGGAAGAGGCCAAGCGUUUCUAUGAAAACUUAAUGAAAGGUGAGGAAGCUGGAGAUGGGUCAAAAGGUGCAGUUAGUAAGAAAGGCAGGGGACCUCAGAGUAGACAGGAGACUAGAGAGUCCAGCAGAAGAGCGAUGAGGAGGGUGAGGGCCGUGGAAGCACAGCAGGGUCAGAGUGAAAGGAACCGAACAGAGACUGGACACACAGAAAGAUCCGUGGAGCUCCUGGGUCUCCGGUUGCUGCUUUUUGCCCAUGAGGGAGACAUCUCCGGGCUCAAAGAGGUCCUCUCAAAGGGGGUCGACAUCAACUACCAGGAUACUUUCUUCUGGACAGCUGUCAUGUGUGCAAGCUGGUCGGGGCAGAGAGCAGCGGUGAGGCUGCUGCUACAGCACGGAGCAGCCUGGGUCGGAGUGGUUGAUACACAGGGCAGGGAUGCCAAAGACCUGGCACUGGAAGCUGGCCACAAUGAAGUGUUAGAGGAGCUGUUGAGCUACAGGAGAAUAAAGAGGGAAACACCAUCUGAUAGCAGUUCCCUCCAGCCUCAGUGGUGCAAUGUGUGUGGUAGCGAGUACAGCAGCAGCCUCUCUUCACAUCUCUCCUCCACUCUGCAUCAGUUCAGUCUGCGUCGUCCUCCACCCACCCCCUACUACUGCCUCCCCCCCUCUAGCAACAGCUACAAGAUGAUGGUUCGUUGUGGAUGGAAACCAGGAACGGGGCUGGGGCCGCAGGGAGAGGGGCCUAAACAGCCAGUGCCUACUGUGUUGAAGAGAGACCAGGAGGGUUUGGGAUAUGGACAGACAAAAAGAGCCAAAGUGACUCACUUCCAAGCCAGAGAUCGUGACUCUGUGAAACCACCGUCCAAGGAGAAAGUGGGGAUUGGAAGGAAAGGACAGAGGAAGGAAGAAAGUAAGAAAAGAGAACAAAAAGACAGGAACUGGGAAAGAGAUUUCCGUGCCUCUUUUUAUCUUUGACACUGGUUCAUCUCCAGGAUCACCUGAUAACUCAUAAAA